AUGUCUAUCCCCGCCUUCUCCGACAUUGCCAAGCCGGCCAACGACCUCCUCAACAAGGACUUCUACCACCUGUCCGCCACCACCUUCGAGUUCAAGGACACUGCUCCCAAUGGCGUUGCCUUCAAGGUGACCGGCAAGUCCAGCCACGAGAAGGCCACCUCUGCUGCUAUUGAGGGAAAAUACACCGACAAGCCUACCGGCCUGACCCUGACCCAGACCUGGAACACCGCCAACGCCCUCGACACCAAGAUUGAGGUCAGCGACUCCCUCGCCAAGGGCCUCAAGCUCGAGGGUCUCUUCAACUUCCUGCCCGCCACCGCCGCCAAGGGCGCCAAGUUCAACCUGCUCUUCAAGCAGCCCGGCUUCCACGGCCGCGCCUUCUUCGACCUCCUCAAGGGCCCCACCGCCAACGUCGACGCCGUCGUCGGCCACGAGGGCUUCCUCGCCGGUGCCAGCGCCGGCUAUGAUGUCAACAAGGCUGCCCUGACCGGCUACAGCGCCGCCGUCGGCUACGUCGCCCCCCAGUACAGCGCUGCCAUCACCGCCACCGACAACCUGAGCGUCUUCGCCGCUUCUUACUACCACAAGGUCAACAGCCAGGUCGAGGCCGGUGCCAAGGCCACCUGGAACUCCAAGACCAGCAACACUGUCGGCCUCGAGGUCGCCAGCAAGUACCGCAUUGACCCCGUCUCCUUCGCCAAGGUCAAGAUCAACGACCGUGGUAUUGCCGCCCUUGCCUACAACGUCCUCCUCCGCGAGGGUGUCACCCUGGGUCUUGGUGGCUCUUUCGAUACCCAGAAGCUCGACCAGGCUACCCACAAGCUCGGUGCCAGCUUCACCUUCGAGGGUUAA